UGCUGCAGACUCUGAGCUGGUGUUGUUCUGUGUGUGAGAGAGUCUUGCUGCAGACUCUGAGCUGGUGUUGUUCUGUGUGUGAGAGAGUCCUGCUGCAGACUCUGAGCUGGAGUUAUUCUGUGUGUGAGAGAGGAGAUCAGAUCCUGCUUCGCCCAGCUGUGUGCGGGGAGCUCCCCUCCACCCCUCUCCCUCUGGCUCCCCCGAGCAGGAGCAGAUGGAGAGCGGCCCAGUGAUAUUUGGGCGCGGGGGCUCUGUCCUGUCCGCUCCGAGGGCUUGCACUGGGGGGGGGGGGCGGGGGGCAGGAAGAGCCACGCAAGGUGCCAGAAUGAGAGUGACAAGACAGGACACGGAGCAACGGGGAAGGAGCAGAGGAGGAGUUCUUGGCAGUUCCAGAAAGGAAAAAAAAAUCCUUCUCUCUCUCUCUCUCUCUUUCGUUGGAGAGUCCCAACCCCUGGAGGUGUCAUAACAGUCCUUGCUCUCUCCCUCUCUCUCUCUCCACCUUUCAGAUCUUUAAAAGCCAGUGCCCCCUCUCUCUCCUCUGUGUCUCACUCUGACUGCCGCCGCUGCUGCUGCUGUCGUGUUCGCAGGAGCUCAGACUCUGGAGGACGGGGAGCGCGAGUUUCCAAAACAACGCAGAAGCAGAAGUUGGAUCCAGCGAGCUGCGAGCUUCGUCAUGCCCACGCCGCCCAGCCUGCAGGCUCUCCUCACGCUGCUGGUCGCUCUGCUCUGCCAGCCCGGCACCCGGGCGCUCGGCGCCCACCUCGUGCCCACGAGGGGCUGCCCGUCGUGCCGGCAGGAGGGCGGGCCGCCGCGGGCACUCCGCGAGCCCGGCGGAGGGGAGACGGGCACGGCCGUACUGGCCCUGGGGGAGCCCUGCGGAGUCUACACCCUGGGCUGUGCCAGGGGGCUGCGCUGCGUGCCCCGCCCUGGAGAGAAGAGCCCCCUGCAGGCUCUGCUGCAGGGCAGAGGUGUCUGCGCCCGGCCAGGCAGAAACAAGACCGGCCACAAUCCAGUGCUGAAGAACCUCACAACUGCAGUCCUGCCAGGGGGGAGCUCAGUGCCGCCGGCCCGCAGUCCUGACGGGAGAUCAGCUGAACUCGCCCCCUGCCGCCGGCUGCUCAACUCCGUCCUGGAGUCGCUGAAGCUGACGGUCAUCCAGUCGCCGAAGGACAUCUACAUCCCCAACUGUGACACCCGGGGCUUCUACAGGAAGAAUCAGUGCCGCUCGUCCAAGGGCACGCGGCGCGGGGAGUGCUGGUGCGUGGACGAGCUGGGCCAGCCGCUGACCUCUCCCGACCGGGGCGACGCCAGCCUGCAGUGCGACGGGGAGUGAGGGGCGCCCUCCAGCACAGCGCGCGAGGAGGAGGAGGAGGAGGAAGAGGAGGAGGAGGACAGGCGGCCGAACCCUCACCCGCCCUGCGGAGAGCGCGGCCGGGCCGGACCGGGACGACCCCCCCCGAGCUCCGCGCACCGGGCCGGUGUCUGUGAGCUGGUAUCACGCGGAGCGCGGGACAGGUGAGCGGCUUUCUCCAGCGGCGGUGCCGGAGGUCCCAGCCGACCCACGUCCGCUGUGGCCCCGGGGGCUCCUGGGAUUCCCGGCUCGGGAACGAGCCGCCGCCGCUUCAUGGAAGAAGGACUGUCCGGCGAAAAGCCGAGCCCAGACUCACAGCGCACCUCGCCCGCCCAGCCGCCCGUGGACUCGAACCCGCAGCCUGAACGCUCCUCCCAGCGCCGGUCCCGGUCCUGACGAAUUCGGCUUGUUAAACCUCUCGAUUGGCUGCGUCCUGUUCAAGAAUCGGUUUCAAGUGUUGACUACUGAGAGGUGUUUGAGAGCAGAAGGCCGCCGUAGAAUUGACGUCGUUUAGGCUUUGUUCUUUCAGUCACAGGGGUGGCAUGGUGGCACAGUAGUCAGCAUGGCUGCCUCACAGCGCUGGGUGCUGUCUGUGUGGAGUUUGCAUGGUG